CUGCCGCUCUCUGCCCAUGUCCGGCAUCAGAAAACCACCUGUAAACAUCGACGAAGAGUUUAUCAGCGAUUGAUUAAAGUAAUUUAACGGACGUUAUAAUGUAACCGGACGGAGUAAAUCUCCGCUGAGAGCCUGCUUUACAAACUGUGUGAAAGUAUUGGAUUUUCGCUGGAAGCGCUUUGCCAUGUCGUUACUGUGUGUCAGAGUGAAGAAAGCCAAGCUCCAAGGACCUCCAGACAAGUUUAACACCUACGUGACGCUGAAGGUGCAGAAUGUCAAAAGCACAACGAUCACUGUGCGGGGGGAGCAGCCCUGCUGGGAACAGGAUUUUAUGUUUGAGAUCAACCGGCUGGACCUCGGCCUCAUUGUUGAGGUGUGGAACAAAGGCCUCAUCUGGGAUACCAUGGUGGGGACCGCCUGGAUUCCCCUAAAGAGUAUCCGACAAUCAGAGGAGGAGGGCUCAGGUGAGUGGCUUUUCCUGGAUGCAGAGGUUCUGAUGAAGGCGGAUGAGAUAUAUGGCACCAAGAACCCAACACCCCAUCGAGUCCUGAUGGAUACUCGCUUCGAGCUGCCUUUUGACAUCCCAGAUGAUGAGGCACAGUACUGGACAGGCAAGCUGGAACGUAUCAAUACCAUGAGAAUCCAUGAUGAGUACCCUAUUCAGGAUGACGUUCAGAGUCGCCCACUGCCAUUUGCAGCAUCCCAGUGCUCUCUAGAUGACCAGGACAGUGCUGUAGAUGACCGGGACAGUGACUACCGCAGUGAGACUAGUAACAGUCUGCCUCCACGUUACCACACAACGGCUCAGCCCAACUCCUCCAUGCACCAGUACCCCAUGGGGCCUCGGCUGCAGCAACACCCAGACUCCUGCACGGACUCUGUCCACAGUUUUGACCUGGACUACAGAGACCAGAGAGGAAGCAGUCCAGUGGAAAGUAGUCGUUUUGGGUCAUCAGGAAACCUGAGCCAGACCAGCUCCCAGCUUAGUGAGACUGGCCAGGAGAGCACUGGAGGGUCAGAACUGGAGGAGUCAUUCCACUCCUAUCACAGUACUGGCUUUCACCCCUCCACCAACGGGCAGCCACGCACAAAUGGACAUCUUCCAGCCAAUGGACACUCUAUGGUUGGUGAGCAGGAAGUACAUAGGCUGUCCCCUGAAGUAGGACGGGGCCUGAAAAAUGACACCCCAUCAGAGAGAGGGUCCUCUAAACUUCAAAGGUUCCAUGAUGAUGGGCCACCAUUACCCUUCACCCCAUCCAGAGUUCGUUGGUUGAAGGCCAUCAAUAAAGUCAGGGUUCAGCUCCGGGAGGCAAUGGGUCAGAGCUAUCGAGCCCUGCAGCUGGUAGGACACCUCAGUGGACAGGAUGAACCCUACAAAUCAGAGCUACUUCCACUCUCGCCCAAGAGGCGAGACCUGCAGAAGAAGAGAUCACAGAGCCCCAAAGUGGGGCAAAGCCUGCGCAGAACGCUGCAGAAGUGCCUGCAGGGGCCAGAGGAUAACUCUAUUCAUGACCUCUCAUCAGGGGACACUACCUGCAACAAAGCUGACCUCACCCUGUCUGGGGAAAACAAAAGUUCUGACUGCCCGGAUGUCAUUGGGGUUUUUGAGGAUACAUUACCCAGGCUUAUUGAAAGGACCAAAAAUGAAGAAGAGAAGGAGGAGAUGGAGGAUGAGGAGGCAGAACAAGGUGCAAGCAACAUAGUCGAACAUAUCCUGAAAGAGCUAAAAGGCAUCAACAAGAUCCAGGAGGAAAUUUCUGACCUGAGGCUGUAUCUAACGUCUGUGCGAGGCUCGGUGGAUGAAGUAUCUUGCUGUGUCGAUGCAGUGCUCAGUGAAAUAGGAGAGCUAUACUCUGGGGCUUCAGCUGCCCCUCAUCCUAGUCCCGUUUCUCAAACACCCCGCGUCAGACGAGGAAGCCUGGGUAGACAGAACGCCAUCACAUCUCUUCAUUGUAGAGACACUAGUCCAGUGUCGGAUCACAAAGAUUGCCUAAAAGAUGUCGGACCUAUACCAACUCACAGAUCACCUAAACAAUGGCACAUUGAUAGAGUCACUCUCAGUCAGUUAGACCAGCAAACAGACGAAGAGAACCAAGAGCAUCAUCAUGGCCGUGACUACCAAAGCACCAGCUCUUUGUCAUCUUGUCACAGUCCCAACUGUCUAGAGGCAGGCUUUCUUUCUGGUGACACAGAGUACGACAGGUGGCCUUCUGCUGAUAUGCAGCACAGUGUUAGUGGAGAAGGAGGUUGGAGUGAGGAGGACAUCUGCUCAUGUGCAAACAGUAGAGAAGAGCUAGACACUUGUCUAGCUGUUUGGGACAGGUGUGCAACAGAGGAGACACAAAGCAGCACACCGGGUCAGUCUUCACACAACAGCUCUGAACAUCUCUCAUUGUUGUUUGGACACCAUUACAACUCUCCUUCCAGCUCUUCUAGUAUAGUGGACUGGAGGCCCCCCAGACUACAAACUGAGGAAGAAAACCUUAACUGCAACUGUGCUGCUAAUUGUCCAUACUCACGUAGCUCCGGUUACCACACCGUGGAUGUCUGUGCAAAUGAACUGGAUAGUGGGCCAUCCAGGAGCCUGAGUUGCUCCACCAUGCUGUUGACAGACUGUGAUGAUGGUUACCUGGAGCCACAUUCACCAUGUGAUGAUUGUCCAUCCUCUGGAGACACUCUCAAUCUGGGGUCUGCCGAGAGUUUGGACAGGGAGUGGACAGAUCCGAGCAUCUCCAGGGAUGAAGCAGGAGAAUCCUUGUCACAAGAGUCUUCUGAGAUAGAUUCUGAGGGUACACCCAAGACCCCUAAUGUAGGUUUUGAUGUAACAACUUUUAGCAAGGCCGUACUCACUUUCAGGUCAGCUUUGAAAGGGGCUUUAAAAAAGUUGGAAGGAUCAAACCCCGAAGAUGUGAUAGAUGACAGUGGGUCUGAGGUGUCUCUGCCCCCUGUUAGGCAAGCCAGUGAACCAAAGGAGGAGCAGAGCAGUACAGAGGGAGGCACGAGUCUGACUGAGAAUCAUGCCCAAUUUGGUAGUCCAAAAGAGGACAGUGAGGUCUCAGUCUAUGUGGAUUGUGGUGAGACUCCCGAGACCCCAUCAUGCGAUCUUCAAGCAUCUCCCCGAGAAGCAAGCCACUCUCCCUGCACCCCCACUGAGUAUCACUCUGUAGAAAUUUCACAGGGCAAAGGAGAAUGUUCGACGGAUGGGGAACUGUCGAACCUUGACCUAACGCCAGACCGUUGUCCAGCAACACAGGGCGAGAGUCCACUGGGUCCAGUGUUUAGCACAGAUGAGGUUCGAGAUGAAGAACCCAAUGUUAGACAGGCCUGGGUCAAACCAGGUGGCGGAUCUGGUCUGUAUGGAAUUGACAGCAUGCCAGACCUGCGUAAAAAGAAGCCCAUUCCCUUGGUCAGCGAUGUGUCCCUUGUCCAAGCCAGGAAGGCGGGGAUUGCAUCUGCUAUGGCUGCACGGUCCUCAAUCAAGGAUGAGGAGCUGAAAAACCACGUGUACAAGAAGACCCUGCAGGCUCUCAUCUAUCCCAUAUCGUGCACUACACCGCAUAACUUUGAAGUGUGGACCGCCACCACGCCCACAUACUGCUAUGAGUGUGAGGGGCUGCUGUGGGGGAUUGCCCGCCAAGGCAUGCGUUGCUCCGAGUGUGGCGUCAAGUGCCACGAGAAGUGCCAAGAGCUGCUGAAUGCUGACUGUCUACAGCGUGCUGCGGAGAAGAGCUCCAAGCAUGGAGCUGAAGACAGGACUCAGAAUAUCAUCAUGGCCAUGAAGGACAGGAUGAAGAUCAGGGAAAGGAACAAACCAGAAAUCUUUGAACUUAUCAGGGAAGUGUUUGUCAUCAGCAAAGCCAUCCACGCUCAGCAGAUGAAGACCAUCAAACAAAGCGUGCUGGACGGCACCUCAAAGUGGUCAGCCAAGAUCACCAUCACAGUCGUUUGUGCCCAAGGACUUCAGGCGAAGGACAAGACAGGAUCCAGUGAUCCAUAUGUCACUGUUCAGGUGGGCAAGACCAAGAAGAGAACCAAGACCAUUUAUGGCAACCUCAAUCCUGUGUGGGAGGAGAAGUUCCACUUCGAGUGCCACAAUUCCUCCGACCGAAUCAAAGUGCGUGUGUGGGACGAGGAUGAUGACAUCAAGUCGAGGGUGAAGCAGCGUCUCAAGAGGGAAUCUGAUGAUUUCCUCGGUCAGAGUAUUAUUGAAGUUCGAACACUAAGUGGAGAAAUGGACGUCUGGUACAACCUGGAGAAGAGGACAGACAAGUCAGCCGUGUCGGGUGCCAUUCGCCUCCAAAUCAACGUGGAGAUCAAGGGAGAGGAGAAAGUGGCUCCAUAUCAUGUGCAGUACACAUGUUUGCAUGAGAACCUGUUUCACCAUUCGACUGAUAUGCUUGGCCAAGGUGUGGUGAAAAUCCCAGAGGCUCGUGGAGAUGACGCGUGGAAAGUCUACUACGACGAUGUGGCGCAGGAAAUAGUGGACGAGUUCGCCAUGCGCUACGGGAUUGAGUCAAUCUACCAGGCCAUGACGCACUUUGCAUGUCUGUCGUCUAAGUACAUGUGUCCCGGGGUUCCUGCAGUGAUGAGCACCCUGCUGGCCAAUAUCAAUGCGUUCUACGCCCACACAACCGCCUCCACCAAUGUGUCCGCCUCUGACCGCUUUGCUGCCUCCAAUUUCGGGAAAGAACGUUUUGUCAAGCUCUUAGACCAGUUACACAACUCCCUUCGUAUUGACCUCUCAACAUACAGGAACCACUUCCCUGCCAGCAGCAAGGAUCGCCUGCAAGAUUUAAAAUCCACUGUGGAUCUUCUAACCAGCAUCACCUUUUUCAGGAUGAAGGUCCAGGAGUUACAGUCUCCGCCCAGAGCCAGCCAGGUCGUGAGGGACUGUGUCAAGGCCUGUCUCAACUCGACGUAUGACUACAUCUUCAACAACUGCCACGAGCUGUACAACAGACAGUACCAGCCUAACAAGGAGGAGCUCCCUUUGGAGGAGCAGGGCCCGAGCAUCAAGAACUUGGAUUUCUGGCCCAAACUCAUCAUGCUCAUCGUCUCUAUCAUUGAGGAGGACAGAAACUCCUACACACCCGUGCUCAACCAGUUCCCUCAGGAACUGAGCGUAGGGAAGGUGUCGGCAGAGGUCAUGUGGACACUGUUUGCUCAAGACAUGAAAUACGCUAUGGAAGAGCACGAGAAGCACAGACUGUGUAAGAGCACCGACUACAUGAACCUGCACUUUAAGGUCAAGUGGCUCUACAAUGAAUAUGUCAAGGAGCUGCCGAACGUUAAGGGUGUUGUUCCCGACUACCCAUCAUGGUUCCUACAAUUUGUGCUGCAGUGGUUGGAUGAAAACGAAGACGUCUCUAUUGAGUUCAUGCAUGGAGCCCUGGAGAGAGACAAAAAAGAUGGAUUUCAGCAGACGUCUGAGCAUGCUCUGUUCUCCUGCUCCGUGGUGGACAUCUUCACCCAGCUCAACCAGAGUUUUGAGAUCAUCAAGAAACUGGAAUGUCCGGACCCCAGCGUCAUGGCUCAGUACAGUCGCCGCUUCUCCAAGACAAUUGCCAAAGUCCUUCUGCAGUACAGUGCCAUUCUGACCAAGAGCUUUCCUUCUUAUAUUGACAAGGAGAAGAUUCCUUGUGUCCUGAUGAAUAAUGUGCAGCAGUUAAGAAUCCAGCUGGAGAAGAUGUUUGAGUCAAUGGGUGCCAAACAGAUGGACACUGAGGCCAGCGACUUACUGAACGACCUGCAGGUGAAGCUGAACAACGUGCUGGAUGAGCUCAGCAGUACAUUUGGAAACAGUUUCCAGAGCCGCAUCAACGAUUGCAUGCGACAGAUGGCGUCUCUGCUGUACCAGAUCAAAGGACCGCUCAACGCCAACAACAAAAACCAGGUGGAUGCCGACUCUGAUAAUAUGCUGAGGCCUCUCAUGGAUUUCCUGGAUGGAAAGCUGACACUGUUCGCCACUGUCUGUGAGAAGACCGUACUGAAGCGUGUGCUCAAGGAGCUUUGGAGGAUGGUAAUGAGCAGCCUGGAGAAGACGAUUGUCCUGCCGCAGGGCAACGAUACCUUUGGAGCACAGAUCCUCUCAGCUGCAAAAGAACUUGGUCAGCUCUCCAAACUCAAGGAUCACAUGGCAGGGGAGCCUAAAAGCCUGUCUCCCAGACAGUGUGCUGUCAUGGAUGUUGCACUGGACACUAUCAAGCAAUACUUCCACGCAGGAGGCAACGGGCUAAAGAAGGCGUUCCUGGAGAAGAGUCCUGAGCUGUCCUCACUACGCCACGCUCUGUCCCUCUACACCCAAACAACAGACACACUCAUCAAGACCUUUGUCACCACCCAGCAUGCACAAGUGCACAAUGGAAAGGGUAUUAGGUUAACCCCCAAUGAAAAAAUACAGCCCAGCAGGGGUGCGGGCGUGGACAAGCCGAUAGGUGAGGUGUCUGUCCAGAUUGAGCUGUACACUCAUCCUGGGAGUGGGGAGCGAAAAGUUACCACCAAAGUCAUGGGAGCCAGUGAUUUAAAAUGGCAGACGUCUGGCAUGUUCCGGCCCUUCGUGGAGAUCACCAUGAUCGGGCCUCACCUGAGCGACAAGAAACGCAAAUUCCAGACCAAAUCGAAGAACAACAGCUGGUCUCCCAAGUUCAAUGAGACCUUCCACUUUGUUCUGGGUAACCAGGAUGGCUUCGAGUGUUAUGAGCUGCAGGUCUGCGUCAAAGACUACUGUUUUGGCCGUGCCGACCGAGUGGUGGGGUUGGUCGUGAUACAGUUGAGAGACAUCAUGGAGAAGGGCAACUGCGCCUGCUGGUGCCCGCUGGGACAACGCAUCCACAUGGACGACACGGGCCUCACCGCCAUGCGAAUCCUCUCCCAGCGCUCCAACGACGACGUGGCCAAGGAGUUCGUGAGGCUGAAGUCAGAAACGCGGUCGGCCGAGGAGGGCAGAUGA